AUGACGAUUUCGCCGAGAUCAUCCGACCAUCGUUCCCCAAAGAGGCUGCGUUACUCCUCUGCCGAUGUAUCUGAAGAAGAAGAAGAAGACGACGACUACUCCCUAAGUUCCGAGGAGGACGAAGAAGACGACGUCGUAAUCGCAGAAGCUGUUGGUCUGAUGGAGACUAUUGCUAACGAAUCUGAGAAUGUGACGAGAUCCGUUAACAGCACCCCAAGCUCUUCUUCUUCAUCGCCUCAAUCCGUGAAGCUCAAAAGUUCCGAUGUUCUGGAUUGUCCAACUUGUUGCGAGCCACUGAAGAAACCAAUUUAUCAGUGUACUAAUGGACAUCUAGCUUGUUCACCAUGCGUCAACAAACUGAAGAACCGAUGCCCGUUCUGCAGAUCUCACAUCGGCGACAUUCGAAACAGGGCAAUGGAGAAGAUCAUCGAAGCAUCCAUAGUCCCAUGUCGAAACUCUGUUCACGGAUGCAAAGAAACAACCACAUACGGAUACCAAUCAAGCAGCCACGAGAAGCUCUGUGCGUACAUCCCAUGCUCUUGCCCGUUACCAAACUGCAACUACAUCGGCUCCUACACCGAUCUCAAAAGCCACGCCCGUUCUUCGCACUCUCGAGACGAGGACUACCUCAUCCCCUUUGCGUUGAACCAAUCUUUGAUCUUUGGCAUUGACCUCAAGAAGGAGAAGAAUGUGACAGUUUUUCAAGAAGAGAAGGAUGGUGAUUUGAUUGUGGUUCAAGGGUUUAAGAGAUCUCACGGUGCUUAUGUUACUGUGAGCUGUAUUUCUCCUUUGGCUCCUGGAUUACGCAGCUUCUCGUGCAGUCUUGCUAAGCUCAAAGAGCAUGCGACGUUAAGGCUCGGAUUCAUGGUGAAGAAAAUCCAGAAAGUGGGAGUGCUGCAAGAAGGAGAAGAGCCCAAAGAUGGCUUCAUGUUGAUUCCGUCUUACAUGUUGAUUAGUGAUCACUUGAAGAUGCAGAUUUGCAUUGGGAAUGAGUAUAAGUAUAUUCAUAUCUGA